AGUCAAGCGGUCAAGGUGUGAUUUAACACAAUCUCUGAUUAAUUUUCCUUCCACGCUGUCGUUUCACCAACAUCCCCAAAAGCACAUUCGUCAUCAUCACUCCCACAACUUCACGUUUUCGGUUAAACCCUAGAGAGGCGAAGAUGACGGAAGUGGCAAGCGCGGUGGUCCAUGAAGUUUUGGGGCAGCGCGUGGAUGAUUUGGACCAGCCAAUUUUGGAUUAUAUCAUCAAUGUCCUAGCCGACGAGGAUUUCGAUUUCGGUAUCGACGGCGAAGGCGCCUUUGAAGCUCUUGGCGAGCUUCUAGUUGACUCCGAAUGCGUGGCCGAUCAGUCUGAAUGCCGCUCGGUAUGUACCAAACUAUCGGAGAAAUUUGGGAAACAUGGAUUGGUGAAAGCAAAACCCACAGUGAGAAGCCUCCUGGCACCCGUAAGAAUGUAUGAUGGAAUGGAUGAAAAGGAAGCUCCAAAGAAGAAGCCAGAACCUGUAGAUGGUCCUCUGCUGACUGAGCGUGAUAAGAUGAAACUUGAAAGGAGAAAGAGAAAAGAGGAUCGCCAGAGAGAGGUGCAAUACCAAACACACCUAAAGGAAAUGGAAGCAGUUAAAGCUGGGAUGCCUGCUGCAGUUGUAAACCAUGAUAGCAGUGAUGGGCCAGCUGUGAGAGAUAUCCACAUGGAGAACUUCAAUAUUUCUGUUGGGGGUCGUGACCUUAUUGUGGAUGGUGUUGUGACACUAUCUUAUGGAAGACACUACGGCCUUGUUGGCAGGAAUGGUACUGGCAAAACAACCUUCCUCAGGUACAUGGCCCUGCAUGCUAUUGAAGGUAUUCCAAAGAAUUGCCAGGUAUUACAUGUAGAACAAGAAGUAGUGGGUGAUGAUACAUCAGCUUUGCAAUGUGUGCUAAAUUCUGAUGCGGAAAGAACUCAGCUUUUGGAUGAAGAAUCUCGGUUACUUGCUUUACAGAAAGAACUAGAAGAGGCGGACUCUGGAAAGAGCAAUGUGGAGCUCAAUGGAGGAGUUGACAAAAGUUCUAUUGCACACAGGCUUGAACAGAUAUAUAAGAGGCUUGAGUUUAUUGAUGCUUACUCUGCUGAGGCCCGCGCAGCUUCAAUUCUGGCGGGGCUCAGUUUCACACCGGAGAUGCAGAAAAAGCCAACUAAAGCUUUUUCUGGAGGAUGGAGGAUGAGAAUAGCACUUGCUCGUGCCUUGUUUAUUGAGCCUGAUCUACUACUUCUUGAUGAACCAACAAAUCAUCUUGAUCUCCAUGCUGUCCUGUGGCUGGAAUCUUACCUAGUGAAAUGGCCGAAGACGUUUAUUGUUGUUUCACAUGCUAGAGAGUUCUUGAACAGUGUUGUAACGGAUAUCAUUCAUCUUCAAGGACAAAAGUUGACUACAUACAGAGGCAACUAUGAUACAUUUGAAAGAACAAGAGAAGAACAAAUCAAGAAUAAGCAAAAAGCAUUUGAGGCGAAUGAACGUGCUAGAGCGCAUAUGCAGUCAUUCAUAGACAAGUUCCGGUACAAUGCAAAGCGGGCAUCUCUUGUUCAAUCAAGAAUCAAGGCAUUGGAUCGAUUAGGUCAUGUGGAUGAAGUUUUUAAUGACCCAGACUACAAAUUCGAAUUCCCAUCUCCGGAUGAUAGACCAGGCCCUCCAAUCAUAAGCUUCAGUGAUGCGUCUUUUGGAUACCCUGGGGGGCCAUUGUUGUUUAAAAAUUUGAAUUUUGGAAUCGACCUUGAUAGCCGAAUAGCUAUGGUUGGCCCAAAUGGCAUUGGAAAAUCAACCAUACUCAAACUUAUUUCUGGGGAGCUGCAACCAAGUUCUGGGACAGUUUUCCGUUCAGCAAAGGUUCGCAUUGCUGUAUUUAGUCAGCAUCAUGUCGAUGGUCUAGACCUCUCAUCGAAUCCGCUUCUGUAUAUGAUGCGGUGCUUCCCGGGAGUGCCAGAACAGAAGCUAAGAGGACAUUUAGGUUCAUUUGGCAUAACUGGCAAUCUUGCCCUACAACCAAUGUACACAUUGUCAGGUGGUCAGAAAAGCAGAGUUGCAUUUGCAAAGAUAACUUUCAAAAAGCCUCACAUUUUACUCCUUGAUGAGCCAUCGAACCAUCUUGACUUGGAUGCCGUUGAAGCAUUGAUCCAAGGUCUCGUCCUAUUCCAAGGAGGCGUGUUAAUGGUGAGUCACGAUGAGCAUUUGAUAUCUGGAAGCGUGGAGCAACUAUGGGCUGUCUCUGAAGGCAGGGUGACACCUUUCAGUGGAACAUUCCAGGAUUACAAGAAGUUACUGCAGUCUGCUUGACAAAAUUUUGAUGCAUAAACUGAACUAGUUACAAAGUUUGCUUUUUUGGUUAUGUGAGUUCAAAUUUAUUACUCGCCCCUUGUGGAAUGAAGCUAUACAUACGAAUUGGCAUCCCUAGAAAAUCCUCCAUUUAUAAGUAUAAACCCGUGGUUAAGAUUUUUAAUGGAAGAUGCUGAUAUGUGCAAAAAUUUAAGUGUA